ACAUUGGCACGGUUAACUCUCUCGCCCCAGAAAUUCCACUCGGCUGAAAAGAUUAUUAUUUGGGGGCGGGAAAGGGGGAGAUGCAGAGGUCUUUAGGACCCAGCAGGCGGCGGCAGGCGGCAGUUGUGUAGAUCACUGAGAGACUACGAGGGUCCGGUUCAGUUUUAAUUCUGUCUCUAAUCUCUGCAACAGCCGCUCUUCCUGGGUCCCGCGGCUCUCCUACCCACUCAGCCGCGGCUGGCAGCCGGGCGAAAAUCAGAGCCGCCCGCCCGCCCCCCCAUCACCCACCAUGGAAACCCUCCAAGAAAAAGUGGCUCCGGACGCGUGUGCCUGAGGAUUCCUCACAAAAGAGGUGCCCAAAAUGAAGACCCUGAUGCGCCAUGGUCUGGCUGUGUGUUUAGCGCUCACCACCAUGUGCACCAGCUUGUUGCUCGUGUACAGCAGCCUCGGCGGCCAGAAGGAGCGGCCCCCGCAGCAGCAGCAGCAGGCAGGGGCGACCGGCAGCGCGCAGCCGUCGGCGGAGAGCAGCCCCCCCUCGAGACCCCGGAUCCCCGCGGCACCGCGGCCGUUGGACGGAUACCUCGGCGUGGCGGACCACAAGCCCCUGAAAAUGCACUGCAGGGACUGUGCCCUGGUGACCAGCUCGGGGCAUCUGCUGCACAGCCGCCAAGGCCCCCAGAUCGACCAGACCGAGUGCGUCAUCCGCAUGAACGACGCCCCCACGCGCGGUUACGGGCGCGACGUGGGCAACCGCACCAGCCUGAGGGUCAUCGCGCACUCCAGCAUCCAGAGGAUCCUCCGCAACCGCCACGACCUGCUCAACGUGAGCCAGGGCACCGUGUUCAUCUUCUGGGGCCCCAGCAGCUACAUGCGGCGCGACGGCAAGGGCCAGGUCUACAACAACCUGCAGCUCCUGAGCCGCGUGCUGCCGCGGCUGAAGGCCUUUAUGACCACGCGCCACAAGAUGCUGCAGUUUGAUGAGCUCUUCAAGCAGGAGACUGGCAAGGACAGGAAGAUCUCAAACACUUGGCUCAGCACUGGCUGGUUCACAAUGACAAUUGCACUGGAGCUCUGUGACAGGAUCAAUGUUUAUGGCAUGGUGCCCCCAGACUUCUGCAGGGACCCCAAUCACCCUUCAGUACCUUAUCACUAUUACGAACCUUUUGGACCUGAUGAAUGUACAAUGUACCUCUCCCACGAGCGAGGACGGAAGGGUAGUCAUCACCGCUUUAUCACAGAGAAACGCGUCUUUAAGAACUGGGCACGGACAUUCAACAUUCACUUCUUUCAACCAAACUGGAAACCAGAAUCACUUGCUAUAAAUCAUCCUGAGAAUAAACCUGUGUUCUGAGGAAUGAGUGUGCCAGACCGAAAUCUCAAGUAUGUACUGUAUCAGACACCAGGCCACUGAACUUUCUGAGCCACUAGACACAAAAGAGGGACAAAACUGCGAGCAGGAAACUCCUCCAGAAGCAACAUGUACAGAUGCCUCUGAGGCAUGACUACCAAGCAGUGCAGUUGGUUUGUAAGGAGAAAUUCCAGAAUUAAUAUGUCCUAAUGAGUAUCAUCCCUUUCAAAAGGGGUUACCUUAGGAGCUAACCACUCAUUUCAAUGAUGCUGCCAUGGCUAAAAAUCAUUCUGGAUCUCUUAAGUAUUGCCUUCAAAACUGAAACACAAGUAACUCAACAAUGUUAGUUGUAUUCCUUUAUAGAAAUACCACAUCAAAAGACAUUUUUCUAUCAAGUUGUAUCCUAACCUGAUCUAUAAUCUUUGUCAUCUGUUGGGCUCUGUGUGUGUGAUUUGUAAAAAAAAAAAAAAAAAAAAAAAAAAAAAGCAGCCUGAAAGUAUGGACAUGAUUUCUGAAGAGCACAUCUCCACUGACUUUCAUAAAACAAAUGCCCAAUAUUUAUUUACUGAGAGUUUUUUAGUGCACUCUAGGCCAGUAUUUUUAUAGAUUAUGAUUAUGUGGUAAUUUAUCCUUCUUAACUCUUUUAUCCUGAAUGAUGGUUGGAAAACACCUAGAAUAGGGUUGGCGAGUGACUGUGUUCACGAUGCUCACUGUUAGCAUGCCAUUGGCUUGGAAAUGUUGCAUUGUAUUUUUUGAACCCUUAGGCUUCAAGAAUAGCCAUGACAUUUUCUAACAUAAGGAAAUGUUCUAAAUGACAAAAUUGAAAACCAAAAACUGUGUUAUUACAACAAAACAAUACUAACAAAAGAAACUUAAAGAUAGUUGUCUUUAGUAAUAGUUGAUGUAGGUUACCUGACGUAAAACCCUCGUUUUCUUGUCUGACAAUGAUGUCCCUGUACCGGACGACCGCAUACUUUUCCUUCCAAAUGUAACAUUCUGUGAGCCUCUCGUUGACUCAUUUAAGGACUUUGCACUUGGAAUGAUGGGGCUUCUGCAGUAGCAAAAGCCUGAUUAUAGGGGAUCUUUUCAUUCCCCUGCUAUCUAUCUCCCUCUGUGGUUAAAAACAUAACUUCCUUCCUGGUCCCCAUUGGCUACAAACUGCCCCCCUGCUUUUCUGGUGUUUCUUGCACCACAAAAAAAAAAAAGGAAAAAACUGAGAAAGAGAACUGUGAUGGUCCCUGGCUCCAGGAACAAGGAACUGUCUUUGAAUCAGUGAGAAGAUAAUACAAGGAGAUUCCCUAGCAUACGACUCAUUUAUCCUGUGAACUCUUCAGAUUCACUCAUUGCAAGUCUUACGUACAUUAUAUUCACAGCCAUUCCCUGGUCUGGAGGAGUAUGAAGGACUUAUUUUAUUCAGGGCCAAGAUAUCAGUUACUAGGAAAGAUCUUCGUUUAAGCUGGUGAUAUUCUUCAAAAAUAGUCUUUUCAAAAAAUAUACCAGUGUUUUCUUUACACAUGACUUAGAAGGCAUUAGCUUUUCCGAUGUUAGAUUUGAAGGCACCAGCAAGUAUUAUAUAUGGACUGAGAGUGUUUUACAGAACAUGACCUGACCCGUGAUUAAAGAAGGUUUCUCACAUUGCCACUUCCUUUCACUUUCCUUAAUUACUGCUAAGAUUCCAUUCCCUUGCACUAACUAGUACUAUUAAUUAUAUGGAGUGCUGUGCUUGAGAUGCAGACAUAGUCCAGAUAUUUAUACAGCAGAAACAAAGUUGGUAUUAUUGUGGUCUAGCUUGAGCUGUUAAAAGCCAGUACAAUUGAAAUGUAUGUGUUCUUUAAAUUUUCUCAUUGCUUUUAAAGAGACUGUAGAAUUUUAUUCCAGCACAGCCUUCUGCAGCAUGGACUCUAAACACACGAUACUUUGUGAACGUAUGAAAAAGAGCAUGAAUUUCAUGAUUGAUUUAUAGGCCACCUUUACCAUCGCUUGAAGACAUUAUGUUGUUCAGAUGUAAGUGGGCUCCUUUAACAAGUUUUAUUUUUAUGGAAAUUUGGAAAGGCAUACUUGGGACAUGUGAAGAUAUAGCUGUAUUACCUACUCUAAUAAUAUCUCAAAUGCCUGUGUUAUCUUUAGGUUUUAGGAUUUGUUUUUUGGGGGUUUUUUGUUUGUUUUUUGAAGACCAUCUGAUAACUCCCAUCUUUUUUGCAACUUCUUCCUCCCAAAUACUCAAAAGAGUGAAAAGCAACCAAAUUCUGAAAUUCCUGGCUUCACUGGGGCAAUAGCUUAAAUCUAAACGUAGCUAAGAUAUGUAUGUGGAUUUAUAUUUUUAAAAAUAUGGCAUAAAUAAGUACAAGAAUUAUCACAUGGGCAGUGGUUUUUAUUAUAGCAUUUAAAGAAAAUGCCUAGAACUCUGAUAGAUUGUGCUGACGGUCCUGACUGUGGGCAACUGAAUUCUUAUCUUGCCAGUGUCGUUUAGUGACUAUGGGUCUCAACACCAUUCAGCACCAUUAAACAUCAGCUCUGAUAUAAAAGAUGACUACAGAACCAUGUUUACAGACCUCAGUGAUUUCAAUAUCCAUUUGUGUUGGAAGCCUUAGUCAGACUCGUUAUGUUACACACCUUUUUCUUCUUUCCCAACUGUGUCAUCAGCUACCUCCUAGCUUUUAAGACCACAAUAAUACAAAGCCACAGCUGGCCGAUCCAUGGCGUCUGUUAUCUCAAUGCAAGAACAUUUGGCAGAGGCCAUUACAAUAGAUAGCCAUUAUGGGCAAAGAUACAGGAAUUCACAAACAAAAUCAAUCACUUCAAAUGGCCCAUAAAAAGAGGAAUCUUACAUUUAAUAUUCUACAGUAAAUAUUCACCCAAGAAAGCGUACAUUAAAAGAACAUUAGGAGGUAAAUAUUCAGUGUGCUGCAUGGGGACUUUGCUGUGUGAUUUCCAUUAUGGUUAAUGGGUGUUUGGUAACUAAGUCCCUGUGCUUCACUAACCCUGGUAUGUGCUAACCUAAGGGCUAGACAUAAAACCAGAGCGAUUCGGGAACUUCCAAGGUCCUAAGACUUCAGAGUGAGAGCUUUUCUUCAAAAAAUAAAUGAAAGUAAAACACAAAAUACUGCACCUGAAAGAGAAAUUUGUGUGUGGUCUCUUGGAAUCCUUAAAUUACUGCCAGGUAUGUGUAUGUGUAUCAGAUUCCAAACAAUGCCUCUCAAGACAGAUUACCUUUGUUUGCUGAAAUAGUCUCCAUUACUGAUCUAUUUUAAUUACGUUAAAAUUGAAGGAUACAACCUCAUUCUGAAAUAAGAACUCACCUCAAAAGUUAAAAUUAUUGACUUGGAAGCUAAAUGAAUGGUAGGUACAAGUGAAAGGAUCACAUUGGAAUCUGGUCAGGAUUAAUGCACUGUGAUUUGAAUACAUAGGUACCUGUUUAACACCCACACAAAUAUUUGCCCUUAUGUAGGAGUGACUUCAUUUUGGAAAUAUACUCUGAAUUCCACUGGAGUGAAGAUUCAGAGUAUUAAAUAGAUUUACGUUGAGAUCCCUAUGCUCUCUACAGUGUUAGGAGGUGAUCUUCUAACAUAUGUCAUAUGUCAUACCUGAUCCAGUGAUUCCUUCCAGCCUCCCUGCUUCUCUCUUGAACCUCAGUUCCAUCUUUCUGCUGUCAUUCUCUCCUGAUUGUCUUCUUUUGUUUACACUGGGCUCUUAAGCCAGCAGUCUUUGGAGGCUGUUAAGGUAUUCCUUGUAGGUUUUUAAACUAGAGACCUACUUGGGGACCAGAUUCAGGGUAGGCCCUGCCAGGCAAUGACCAUCGCAGGUGGGACGACUACAUCUGGCUAUGGGACUGGGUACUUCAGAAGUACCAUCCUGGUUUCCCCCAGGCUGGAGGAAGUAGGGAGGGGAGGAGUUUCAGGACAGAUUUUCUGUGCUAAAACUAGGACAAGUCCCAGGCAAACUGGGACAGUGGGUCACCUCAUCAGAAGGCCACCUCAAAGAGUACUAUAAUACUUAGGCCUUGGGGGGAAAAGUGAAUCUGCUACCUAGGUUCUAGGACAUCCAGAAAAUACUUUGGAGUGGAAAGAGAUGAGAGAGGGUCUAUAGGCUUAAAAAACGAGCAGGAGGAAGCCCUCUAUUCUAGCCCACUCAUCCCUACCUACUCAGGGUAUUGAGCCGCCAUAGAAAAGCAAAAAAAGGCUGUGAUUGUGUUUGUUUUUACUCAGUGCCCUAAUAUUAUAUGCUACCUUGAAUUGUCCUUGUCUAUGUAUGUGUCCUGUUAGUCUCUUUAGAUUGUAAGCUCUUUGAGAGCAGGGACUGUUUUUCCUUUGUCUUUGUAGCCCCCUGCCUAGUACAGUGCCUUGCACCCAGUAGGCGCUCAAUAAAUGUCUGUUGUUGAUGAUGACCUCUUAAUGGUGGCCCAUUGGAUUGGUAAUUGGUAUAUAUUCUUCCAUUUGAGAAGUAUAGGAGACAGAAAAAGUGAUGAAGUAGUUAAAUUUUAAGUGAGUUUUUACAGGGUCAGUCUUCAAACCUAUACCAUUUUUAAUCAACAGAACUGACCUAGAUUUGGGUAGGAUAAUGUAGCUGAAUUCAUUAGGUUUGUUAAUGUUGGCUGUACUGAACACACAGACAAAGUGAAGUUCAGCAAGCUUUGUGUUCUCACUGUUAGCAAGCUGCUCUUAGCACACAUUAAAUUUAAUAUUGACAAAUGCUAUAUCAUACAUAAAAAGGCAGAGAGGCAGCCUGGGCUCUAACUUCUCUGGUUCAACUACAAAAAGGAGGCUAAAAUGAGAUGAGUUACAGCCUGCGUUAAACUUGACAGCUUCCUAAAGCUGCUGGGAAUCCAACUGGUGAUUUCUGAGAGUCUAUAACAAUUAAGUGUACAUUUAUCUUAAAAUCAAAAUGAAACAAACAAAGAACUCCAAAAACCCUUUUGCUUCCAUGAAGCAGAUCCCAAAUGUUUUUAUCCCUACCAGAAUGUGAGGAGAGAAGAGAACUCUUGAGAGAAGGUGCCCCAGGGGGAGCAGCCCAGUCGCCAUCUUGAGUCACCACCUGGCCAGCAUCUGGUGUCCAGUUACCUCCUGGUUACAAAAGAGGGCAAGAUGGAAUCAAGUCAGUAAAGGUGAGUUGGCUGCCAAAGGGUGCCUCCACAGGAACCAUAAUCAUUACCUUCUUGAACAUGUGAAAUAAUGGAAUCCAUUUUUUGUCAUUGUCUACCCUUCCACACAUUUAUUUAACUGUGUGAUCUCAGUUUCAUUUUUAAAAGCAUAGAAAAACACCUAGAAGACACUACCUGGAACUGAAGAGAAUUGUUCCUUCUGAACGGACAGGAUUACAGAGCUUCCUACAUUUUCAAAAUGUUUAUUGUAAUCACAAAAGGUUAUUUCAUAAAAUAUUAGGAAAGACACUUUAUAACAGGGUUUCAAACAAUCCCAACUGGGAUGUUGGGGAAAAUCUAGUAAAUGCCAUGUCUAACUACAUGUAAAAGAAGUCCUUGCUAUGUACAUAAAUCAUCUCAAGCAUAGCAUCUUUAUUCUUUACCAUGAGACUAUUUCUUUAAUUUUAAAACCAAACAUAGGAAAUCCAUGAGAUUGAAUCAAAAUUUUAGAAGUUAUAUUUUAGCUACUGAAUAUCUACAGGGUGGCCUGCACAAUGUCAUGUGCCAUAUAUAUAUAUAUAUAUAUAUAUAUAUAUAUAUAUAUAACUUCACAAAGUCUUAUUAUCCCAUUGUGCAGAUAAAUAAACUGAGAGUAAGAGAAGUUGUGUGUCUGGCCCUAAGGCAAUGAAGAUGAGAGUCAACACAUGUUUUGCCAUGUCCUAGGCAUCCCCUAAGUGCUUUACAUGUAACACUGCAAUUAAUCCUCCCAAUAACCCUAAUAAAUGGGUUCUUUCAUCAUUCCCCUUUAACAGAUGUGAAAACUGAGGCACAGGGCACAUGAGUAACUUUCCCAACGUCAUGCAGCUAAUCAGUGGGAAAGUCAGGUUGGAAGCCACAGGGUCUGUCUCUGGAGUCUCUCUGCCUUCAGUCACCAUGUACUUCCUAGCAGAAAUUUAACCCUAUACAUAGCAAUUUCUAUUAGAAUAUUGAAAUAAUCUAUUUCACUGUAUUCACAGUGUAUGUAAUAUUUGACACAUGUUAAAUAAGUGAUAAAUAUUCAAAUUAUGACGCAGACAUAAGGAGAAUAUCACCACUAUCCUUGAAGCCCGCCGAGUGUUCCUUCUAUUUUCUUGGAUUUUCAAUUUACCAUUCUCUUACUUUCUAGUUUUACUAUAUACAGAUAUACCAAUAAAUAAUGUUAUUUAGUUUUACCUAUUAACAAACAUUGUAAGACUCUUAACAUUGUAUCUAGUGUUACAAAACUUGCUUUUUCUUCCCAAGAUGUAUCCAUUUUCUUUGCAUAUAACUCUAGUUUACUUUCAUGAUUGUAUAAUGCCAGUGUGUGAAUAUUCCAGAACUUAUUUUUAUUCAUUCUUUCAGUGAACAUUUGGGUUUUCAGUUUUUGCUAAUAUGUACAAUGUUUUUAUGAACAUUCCUGGAAAGUUUUUUUAGUACAUGUGUGUAAGAAUUUUUAUAUAGCGUGUAUACCUAGGAAUAAAAUUGCUGAGCUAUAGAGUAAAAUUGUUCAUACGUGCACGAUAUCGCCAGAUUGUUUUCCAAAGUGGUUGGACACUUCAUACUCCUAACAGUAGUUGUCCACAUUUUUGCUAACACUUGAGUUGGUAUUCUCAGACUGUGAAAUGUUGCCCUUCUGGUGCAUGUAAAUUGUGUCUCAUUGUGAUCUUGACUUGUAUUCCCCUGUUUUCUCCUUAUGUUUAGCAUGUUUUCUCUUCCAUUAGUGUUCUCUCAUCUGUAAAAUGCCUAUCCAUUUUUAUCCAGUUUCCUGGUGGGUUAGUUCACUUUUCCUUUUUUCUCUUAAAGAAUUCUUAAUAUAUUCUAGAUAGUAUUUUUUGUUGAUGAUAUGUUUGCAAAUAUCCUCUUCCAGUUUGUAGCCUAUCUUUUCUUUUUCUCUAUGGUAACUUUCAAUGAACAGAAGUUUUAAAUUUCAAUGUAGUCAUGUUUCCUAUCUUUGAAUGUGAUUACAGCUUCUUCUACCCUCUUUAAUAAAUCUUGCCCUGUUCCUGAUCAGUAAUUAUUUCCUUAUAUUUUAUUCUUAAAAUUUUCAAGAUUUUGUCUCUCUUGUGGCAGUAAGAGAUUUAUAUUUUUGUAUAAUAGACAAAGUAGAACUUGCUUUUGUUUUCUAUAAAUACCAAUUGUCCUAGUUCCAUUUACUGAAGAAUUCAUUCUUCUCCAAAGAUCAGCAAUCAAUUUUCCAUAUAUAUAUAUGGGGAUUUAUUUCUGUCCUCUAUAUUCUGUUUCAUUCUAAUCAAAUUGUCUAUCUCUGUACUAAUACCACACAGUCUUAAUUACUACAGCUUUAUAAUAAGUCCUUGUAUCUUGUAGGGCAAUUUUUCCCUCACUUUAUUCUUCCUGAAGAAUAUCUUGCUGAUUUCUUUUUUUUUUUUUAACAUGACUAGUUUUUGCCAAGGUAUUUUGAUCCAAUAAUGUACACAAGCUUUAUGUAUAUAGAGUGAUGAAAUUUUAUACAUCCUUCCACCCGUGUCACCACUAUUAAGAUGACAAUAUAGUAUAUUUCCAGCACCCCAGAAGGUUCGUUCAUACUCUCUUGCAGUCAGCCUCCCUGUCAAGGUUGAACACUUUCUUCCAUCCACCAAUGUAGAUUCGUUUUGUCAGUUUUUAAACUUCAUAUAAAUAGAAUUAGAUGUUAUAUAGUUUGUGUCUGGCUUCUUUCAGCCAAAAUUAUGUUUGUAAGAUUCAUCCCUGUUGAUGCCUAUAGCAGUGGUUCUUUUUCAUUGCUGUAUAGGAUCACUUCACAUUAGAAUUAGCAAUGCUAAUAUUGGUGGUCGUUGGGUUGUUUCCAGUUUAGGGCUACCAUGAAUACAGUUGUUAUGAACAUUCUUGUAUAUUCGUUUCAAUGGACACAGAGCUUGUUUCUAUUGGGUAUAUGGCAAGGAGUGGAAUUGCUGAGUCGCAGGUACGUCUGUGCUAGGCCUUACUAUAUAUUGCCAGUUUUCCAAAGUGGUUGCACCAUUCGACACUCCCACCAGCAAUAGCAGAGCUCCAGGUGCCCUAUGUACUUACCAGUGCUUGGUGUCGGGAAUCCUUACAAAUGUAUCCCUUUUGCUGGCUAUAUAGUGGUAAAUUGUCAUGGCUUUAGAUUUAUAUCUCCUUGAUGAAUAAGGAAGUUGAGGGGCGCCUGGAUGGCUCAGGCGGUUGAGCCUCCGACUUCGGCUCAGGUCAUGAUCUCGCAGUCUGUGAGUUCGAGCCCCGCGUCAGACUGUGCUGACUGCUCAGAGCCUGGAGCCUGUUUCAGAUUCGUGUCUCCCUCUCCCUCUGACCCUCCCCCGUUCAUGCUCUGUCUCUCUCUGUCUCAAAAAUCAAUAAACGUUAAAAAAAUUUUUUUUUUAAAAAGGAAGUAGGGGGGUGCCUGGGUGGCACAGUCGGUUAAGCGUCCGACUUCAGCCAGGUCACGAUCUCGCAGUCCGUGAGUUCGAGCCCCGCGUCGGGCUCUGUGCUGACUGCUCAGAGCCUGGAGCCUGUUUCAGAUUCGUGUCUCCCUCUCCCUCUGACCCUCCCCCGUUCAUGCUCUGUCUCUCUCUGUCUCAAAAAUCAAUAAACGUUAAAAAAAAUUUUUUUUUAAAAAGGAAGUAGAGCAUCUUUUCAUAUGCUUAUUGACUGUUUUUGUACCACUUUUUGUGACAUGCCUAUUCAAAGUUUUUCACCAUUCUUUUAGUUGGGUUGUCAUGCUUUUUCUUAUUUAUGGGAAUUCUUUUUAUAAUGUAGUUCAGCUCCUUGGUCAUUGCAGUGUAUGGCUUGCCUUUUCACUGUAUUAAUGGUAUAUUUUGAUGACUGAAAGUUCUUAAUUUUAAUAAUUUUAAUUCCAUGUGUCUGUAUAUCAUGUAUAAUAUGAAAUAUUUAAGAAUUCUUACCCAACCCAUGACCAUCUCUUAUGUUUUCUUCUAUCUUUUUUCUCCUUUUGUAUUUGGGUUUGUGAUCCAUCCAAAAUUAAUUUCAGGAUAUGAUGUGAGGUAGGGGUUAAGCUUCCCCCCUACCUGUUAAGGAAAUCCAGUGUACAGCACCCUUUAUUGUAAAUACCACCCUUUCUCCACUGAAUUAGAGUGUUGCUUUGGCAAUAAACAGGUUACCAUAUAUAUGUUGAAUUGUCUCUUAACUUUGAGUUCUGUACCAUUUUUAACUCUUGCAGCAUUACCUCAUUAUCUUAAUUAUUAUAACUUCUUAAGUCUUGGUAUCUAGAAGUAGAAAGUGUCCAGCUUAUUCACCUUCUUCAAUAUUGCUUUAACUACUUUUGGCAUUUUGUAUUUCCACAUACAAUUUUAGAAUCAGAGUGUCAUUUUCCAUAUUUAAUAAAACCUGCUGGGAUUUCUA